AUGGGAAAGGCCCAGCGCCGAAGAGCGACACGCAAAAGUCACCACGAGUCGGCUACGAGUCGCCCGGCGACGAAUGAUCGCGUCCUCGAGGCCACAGAGCCGCCUGCAGCGCCGCCUCAUAAGCCGGACCUGCCCGAUCGCCACACCCUGCACCGUGUCGAGUUCGGUCCGCUGUUUAAUUUUUUCUUCGGCUGGCACACUGGUUUCCUCCUGUUUUCCCUGGGAUCUGGAUAUCUUGGCGACAUGACGAUGGAGCACUUCGACGUCAUGCACACAAUAAACACGGAGGGGCUGCUCGCGCUACAAAGUUGGUCCGUGAUGGCGGGCGUCGUCGUCGGCUUCGCCCUUGAUUGGCUCUGGACGGUCGGCCUGACACUUGCGGGAAGUUUGUUCGUCUUCCCCGUCGCGUCGUUGGUUUUUUUGGCGGUGGCCUACAGCUAUUCGUUGCCCUUAGUCGCCUCAGCUCUGCGGGGAGCGGUGUUGAUUUCAUCCUCCUUUACUGUUCAUAGUUGCGAUGCGCCUAAAUCCCUUCGCCUCCUUGCAGCCGCGGGCCAAAUUUAUCUUAUCUACUACGGCUUCUUUGGCGGUGUCUGGGCGCCGUUCUCGAGCGGCUACGUGGCUCCAUUGGCUUUCCUGUUUGCUGUAUAUCUUCUAAGUCCCGUCGCAGGAGGUCGAUUAUUGGGUUCUGUCGCGCUGUUGCGCAACAUGGGCAUCCCGCGCGUCAUUGGUUUCAUUAUGGUCUCAGCCUAUUUUUUUACUAAAGCAAUCUUUGACAUCUUCUGUGAGCGCGUAUGGGCUCAAAUUCUUAAAGUGGACGAUCCGGUUGUGGUUGAGAGAUUUAUUUUUCCCCCGAUGCCCCCUUUUGCGAGACGGUCGCGAUACGAGACCAACGCUGCUCGCGAAACAAGGUGGGCCUACUGGCGCCUAUAUCAUAGCAAGCGCGGAAAUGAAGCUGCUCUAAAGCGGCUCGGGAAGCUCGAGCGUCGCGCGUGUGACGUAUGCGGUAGACAGGCUGACGUGGACGAGCCCCGAUGCGCGGUGUGUGAUGGCUGUGGGGACCGGAGGUACUGCGGUGUUCACUGCCAACGGGCAGACUGGACCAGGGACAAACAUUCGGAAAAGUGCAGCGGGGCUAGCCGCUAG